CUGCAGCCUCUUCCCCGUCCUGGAAGGAGGGGAGCCGGCGAGCGGCGGGCGGCGGUGGCGGCGGCAGCGGCAACAACAGCAACAGCAGCAGCUGCUGCUGCUGCAGUUACAGCUAUAGCAGGAGAAGUCAGGAUCUCCGCACAAAGCCGCCCAGCCCAAAGAGAAGAAGCGCACUGCAGACACCGCAUCAGCCCCGGGUACAGGAGAAAGCCUGCCUGCAGGGGCCCCAGGGGCCGAGGCACUGGCGCGGGUCCCCUCUGAGAGACAGAGCUCCCAGCACUGGCCAGGCGCGCUCUGUGUCUCCUCCGCUGCCCGAGUACGCGCGCUGACCGCGGCGCCCCUGACCGACCCAGACGGACGGGCAGACAGAUGUUUCUUUCCCGCCGCCGCUGAAGCUCCCAACUUCUCCAAGUGCUCUGCAACUCUGGGGCGGCCCCAGUCUUCCAUAGAGCCAGGGAGCGCUCCCUCCCUCCCUGCGCGGUACCGCGGGCAGCUUGGGGAGGACGCGCUCUCCGGAGAAGGAAAGCGGAGCUCGGAAUUCCGGACCCCCUCCUCUCGGCCACCCAACGGGGCGCGGCUGCUGGGCGAGUUGGGGCUCUGCUUGCAGACUCGGUGAGCUGCAGAUUGGCUGGCACUUGGCGAUAACUAGAUUUCUAUGUAUUUUAUGGAGCUCACGUUCUCUGGCAGUGGUAGAACGGACAGACUCCGACCCAGGGAGUGAAUCCGAAUUGUUUGCUCAGUCUCUGGGUCAGGGGGUGAACACUCCCAUGAGGUAACCCUGGCCUGCGACUGGCCUCUUCUCCCCCUCGGUGAAGCAAUGGGCCAGAAAAUCUCAGGGAGCAUCAAAUCUGUGGAUGUACGCGAACCUCCCUACCAAUCAGUGAAGCGAGACCUCAGGGGCCCUGACUUCUGCCGGCCGGCCCGCCUGGACCUGCUGUUAGAUAUGCCCCCAGCUCGGACGGAGGUCCAGCAUCAGCACGCCUGGAAUCCCGAGGACCGCUCGCUGAACAUCUUCGUGAAGGAGGACGAUCGGCUGACCUUCCACAGGCACCCCGUAGCCCAGAGCACAGACUGCAUCCGGGGGAAGGUGGGCCAUGCCCGAGGACUCCACGUAUGGCAGAUCCACUGGCCCACCCGGCAGCGGGGAACCCAUGCCGUGGUGGGGGUGGCCACCGCCGAGGCCCCGCUGCAUUCGGUGGGCUACACGGCGCUCGUGGGCAGUAACAGUGAGUCCUGGGGCUGGGAUCUGGGGCGCAACAGACUUUACCAUAACUGUAAGAACCAGCCCGGUGUGACCUACCCUGCCUUCUUAGAGCCAGAUGAGGCAUUCGUGCUUCCAGAUUCUCUACUAGUAGUUUUGGACAUGGACGAGGGCACGCUCAGCUUCAUUGUGGACGGACAGUAUCUCGGUGUGGGCCUUGGGGGCUUGAAGGGGAAAAAACUCUACCCAGUUGUGAGUGCGGUUUGGGGCCACUGUGAGAUCACAAUGAGAUACAUUAAUGGACUUGAUCCGGAGCCCCUGCCCCUAAUGGACCUGUGCCGAAGAUCAAUUCGCUUUGCCCUCAGUCGGGAACGCCUGCAUGAAAUAGAAUCGCUGCCUUUGCCUCAGUCUCUGAAAAACUAUCUCCAGUACCAAUAAGAAGCCUGAAGCCCUUCUGGACUCAAAAUAGACUAAAGCAAUGCACCCGGCACAAUGAAUUGUUUACAUCAGAAGCAAAGUCUCAGAGGACACUUGAGCAUAAUUUAAUUUUAAAAUAUAUAUAUAUGUGUGUGUGUGUGUGUGUGUGUGUGUAUAUGGGGGUGGGGUUCCUCCCCUUUAAUCAGUUCAACAGGACGCUGUUAGAUAAUGUGAACGAUGAGCAUUUGUUACUGACUUUGGAAAUAAAUGUUUGUUGCCAACAGCAUUUGCCAUCCUCAAAGGUGACCUCUAAAGCUGGACACCUCAAUAGGGAGCUUAGAGAAACCAGUUAGUUCCCUGCCUUGAGGCUUUGCCUACUCAACCAAGACGGGGAUGCUAUCACUGUAUUGAUUAAAAAAGCAUAUUUUUAAUUCAAAAGAAUGAAUAAAACAUUUGGGCAGAAGACUUUCUAUCCUGUGCCCCGGUUUCAAAUAUAUGGAGGGUGAUUGUACAGAGUGGGAACAAAAACAACGAAAAAACAAUUGCCUUUGAAUAAUGGAUGAUGAAAGCAGCUAAGUGCCAGUGUUCUAGUUAUUCCCGAGCCCAGGCCAGAUCCUCCCCAGCUCUGCAUAAUUCGUAAGGAGGGCUGGUCACCAUUUAGAGGCUGGAGUGCAGUCCCUCUGGAGGGACCUCUAGGGCUAGCCCUCAACAAAAUCAUUAAGGUGGCAAAUUAUUUUUGGCAGCCCUCCCCGUCCCUUAUAUUUUUCCUUUCCUUUAGAACCACCUCUUUCCCCCCCUCCCUCCCCAUUUAAAUACCAGUUCUCCCCUGCCCACCUCCCCUUUAGCAAGCCCCCUCGUACCGCUCAAGGAGGAAGGGGCUAAUAAACUCAUUCUCAUUAUGUUCUUCCACCAGGGGGAGUUUAGAUUUCUAAAAGGAGCUUGAGAAGCACAAUGCUGAACCCAAAGGAACCAGUGGUGGAAUUUCAGCUGUGGCAGCUGUUGGGGUCAAUAUUGGGGGGGGAGCAGAUGACCUGCCUGUGACGACGACUCAAGCCUAGGGCCAGCCUUGCAAUCUCUUAUCUUUAUUAGAGCAAAGUGUUAUUUUCACUUUGGGUGAAUUCUAAAUUCUCAGCCCCUGGUUUCUGACAUACGUUAAAAGAAUGUAUGAUCUAUUGUUUAUUGAUCUGUUUGGGAACCUUGCGACCCUUGUAAGCAGAAGGGUGGAAUGUUUGAGGUGUCAUCCUUCAUUUUCCAAGCUCAGUCCAUAUAUAUAUAUAUAUAUAUAUGUAUAUAUAUACAUAUAUAUAUUACACAUAUUAUAUAUAUAUUUUAAGAUGCUGCUUCCUCUUUGCAUUUCUUACAUUUCAAAUUAUCUGCCUGGUCUAGUUUUUAACUGGAAAUUGUUGUAAUGGCAGGAUGUCAGAUAUUCGGACGGAGCUGCCUUCAGCAUUUUUAAUGUGAAUUUACUGAUGAAUGAGGAGUGUUUCUAAUAAAGUCUGCUGUUAAGUC